AGACCUGUGCGAAUCUUAGGGUUAGUCUUCAGCUUGGUGGCCUUAAGUGCUGUCUCUUUCAGUGCCUUGACCUGGAGCUCAGGGGCUCUCAGUGAGCCGGCGCUCCCCGAGGAGCACCAGUCAGCCCCCACAGGACCCUACUUUUCACCCAACACCAGAGGGACCCCAACGUUUCCGCCGACAUGCCCAUAGCCCUGAAAUCUACAGCGGAUAGCAACGGGAGCCAAGGGGACUACCCCCGAGACAUUUUCACCCGCGAGGAGAGGCGCCAAGGAGCAGUGGUCCUCCACAUGUUCGGCAUGAUCUACAUGUUCAUCGCCUUAGCCAUCGUGUGCGACGAGUUCUUCGUCCCAGCACUGACGGUCAUCACGGAGAAGCUGACCAUCUCAGAUGACGUAGCGGGCGCCACCUUCAUGGCGGCGGGCGGCUCAGCCCCAGAGCUCUUCACCUCCAUCAUCGGCGUCUUCAUCUCCCACAGCAACGUGGGUAUUGGCACCAUCGUGGGCUCGGCCGUCUUCAACAUCCUCUUCGUCAUUGGGAUGUGCGCCAUCUUCUCCAAGGAGAUCCUCAACCUGACGUGGUGGCCGCUGUUCCGCGACGUGUCCUUCUACAUCCUGGAUCUGAUCAUGCUUAUCAUCUUCUUCCUGGAUAACUUCAUCUCCGUGUGGGAGAGUAUCACGCUGCUGUCUGCCUACGCGUGCUACGUGAUCUUCAUGAAGUUCAAUGGCACGGUGGAGGGCUUCGUCAAAGAUUGCAUGAGCAAGAACCAAGUGGUAGAAGUGGAGGUACAGCCCAAGGAUGAGAAGGCAAGUCCUGGGGCGCUCGAGGAUGACGGCAAGUUGUCGGCCAGGCCUCGCCUUCAAAGGGGAGGUAGUUCGGCCUCCCUGCACAACAGCUUGAUGAGGAACAGCAUUUUCCAGUUGAUGAUUCACACGUUGGACCCUUUAAGUGAAGAAUUUGCUGACUCUGAGCUUGGGACUUAUGGGAAACUAAAAUAUUAUCACUCAAUGACUGAGGAAGGUAAAUUUCGAGAGAAGGCAUCCAUCCUUCACAAGAUUGCUAAAAAGAAAUGCCAAGUGGAGGACAGUGAGAAGGCCAACGGAGUGGCAAGUCGCUCAGAUAAGAACCUUCCAAACAGCUCCAGCGUGGAAGUGGAGGUGACCCCACCCAUGAAUGGAACAGCAGGACAAGAGGGGGAGACGGCUGAAGAUGAGGAAGAAGAGGACCAGCCUCUGAGCCUGUCCUGGCCCGAAUCCACCCGCAAGCGCUUCACCUACCUCAUAAUCAUGCCUAUUGUCCUCCCCUUGUGGCUCACGCUGCCAGAUGUCAGAAAAACGUCGUCAAAGAAGUUCUUCCCCAUCACAUUCUUGGGUGCCAUCUGCUGGAUUGCAGGAUUCUCCUACUUAAUGGUGUGGUGGGCUCACCAGGUUGGAGACACCAUUGGGAUUACAGAGGAGAUUAUGGGUCUGACUAUAUUAGCAGCUGGAACGUCCAUCCCUGACCUCAUCACCAGUGUUAUUGUGGCACGCAAAGGGCUGGGUGAUAUGGCAGUAUCCAGCUCUGUCGGCUCCAACAUCUUUGACAUCACUGUUGGACUGCCGUUCCCCUGGCUCCUGUGGUCCCUCUUCAGUGGCAUGAAAUCGGUGCCAGUCAGCUCCAACGGCCUCUUCUGCGCCAUCGUGCUCCUCUUCAUCAUGCUCCUCUUCGUCAUCAUCUCCAUCGCCGCCUGCAAGUGGCGCAUGAGCAAGCUGCUCGGCUUCAUCAUGUUCAUGCUGUACUUCGUCUUCCUGGUGGUCAGCGUCAUGCUCGAGGACAAAGUCAUCACCUGUCCGGUGUCGGUCUGAGAGCCGUCGGAGGGCCGCCGUCAUCACCACCACCACCACCACCACCACCACCAUCCUUCUUGUCUGCUGUCGCUCCCACCUGACCCUUGUGAUCCUUUACACCAGGAAUAAAAAGAAGAACAGCUGUGUGCAAGAGAAUAAUCUAAAAAUAUGAAAAUCAUGCUUGUAUUUUCAGGUGGUGGCGGGGAGGAGUUGAAGCAACACGGGCACAAGACUUUGGCUUGGCUGGUUUAGCAGUGGCCUAACCUGAGUGGAUUUUUUUAUUUCUUAUUAUUUCACUGGCAGGUGAAGCAGGGGUUGGGGACGGGGAGGGUUCUGGGUGUAAGCCAAAUAUAGAAGUAUUAUGCAUGCCAUUAGUUUCACUAGAUCAGCUGGAUUCAGGACUACGCCUGGUAUUUUGAGGAGAAUGACCUCCUGUGAACUUUGGCGAGAGAUGCACUGUAUGAAACUGUGAGCAACAAAUGCAGUGACUGAGCUGAAACUGUGCGCAGACUUGAACGCAGACUUAAGACGCCAAGAGUGAAUAGCGGAUGAAUUUAUGGAUGAGGAAAUGGCAGACUGUGCACAUGAAUAUUUGGUUCCAGACAUGUUUCCUGUCUGACGGUAUUGAGCGAACAGACUCCUAAGGAACACUCUUGCUGAGUAGAUGAACAACUUCUUUAUUUCUUUUUUUUUUUUUGCAAAUUUGUCCGUGCUCAGUCUGAACGAUGAGUUCAAUUUCCCCUCCUCCCUGCCAGAGUUUCACCGCUGAAUGUUGAGGAUUCUUCUGUUUCUUUUUUCUUUUGGAUUCAAUUUCAUGAAAUAUUAGAAGUAGCAUUAGAUAUACUGUAGCAGUAUUAGUUCAUGUAGAUUCAUCGUUUUCUUUCGCCACUGAACACGUUCUGAUUGUACAGAACUUUCCACGCUUCACAUGCACCGACUGACAACUGCAAGAAAAAAUAGAUUUAAAAAUAAAAGUUUAGCCUCUCAAAAUAUAUGCUAGCCUUCAAUAUCUUGUACCGACUUUGGGGGAUUAAAAGAAGCAUGAAUAGGCUCUUUAAAGUUCCAUAACAAAGUCAAUGUCAAAAAUAAUCCAUUUGAAGAGAACUUUACAGUGUUUAAGCGUCAUGGUUGAUUUAGAUUAGUCAAUGUGUAGUGCUUUGUUCACCGUAGAACUGAGCUCAAAUCACCGGCUAGUCAUGCUCCUGGGGUAGAAGAUUCAAGGAGUCAAAUGCAUGUAUUAAAAAAAAUGAGAAAAAAAAACACUCAGAGGUGAAUAAUACCAAUCAACAUUAAAGAAGUUGUAUACCAAAAUGUACACUUUUUCAAACAUGUUUCAUAACUUCUUAAUGCAAACCAGUGCUCAGUCUCUGUGUAGAAAAUGUCAACAUGUACGGUCGACGAUAUCUAUCAAACUUGUGCAAUUUCUUUUCUAAUCAAAGGUGCUUUCGUGUGCAUGUGUGCAAUCUGCAUUUGGAGUCACCGCACAAUGACAGUUCAUUAGAUUUACCUAUAAAUAGAGGUGAUACUACCAGUAUUUUGCAACUGAAUGCAAAAAAGAAGAAGAAAUAAACUACACCAAUCUGUGUUUUAUACUGGAAAAAGAAAUCAUAAUCACAAUCUCUUUAAGCUACAUAGAAUGUGGAAAUCACAGACUUUAACAGCAAUAUAUCGCGUGUCGUCGUUGAGUAUCGCACCCCCCCCCCGCCCGUCCCCCACCAUGCGUCUGUCUCCCCCCCCACUGUCCUCCCCCUCCACCAUAUAGAGUGGACGACCAUUCCUCCCCCCUUAGAGCUGGCCAGAUACACCUGCUUUACCUCAACACAGCCUCUGUACAGCAGCUUCGUAGGAGUUAACUGUAAAAUAUUAGUAAAUAGAUUCUCUGAGUGUGUGAGGAGAAAUGCAUGCGAGGAAUAUUUUGGGCUGGUUACCCACCAACUGUACAGCUGAGCUUAGACCAACUAUAUACAGUACGUUCACUUUUAUGCAUCCAUUCGAGGGAGAAACACCAAGAAUUCAUUUGGUUUUACUUUGUAAAUAUAAACUCCUGUUUUUUGCAAACGGUUCACACCUGUACUUUACUCACUUAUAUUUAUUUAUUUUUUGUAAUAGAGGGUGGAAAAGGACUUGGAUAUUGUAUGCCGGUGGCAAAAAUAAUUUUUCAAUUGCUCACCGUCUGAUUACAUCACACUGUAAACAUGUCUGAGUUCCUGCUAAGAGAAUUAGGGCUUUAAAAAAAAAACAUAUAUUGCCUCCUCAUGCAAUGUAGAACGCCUGCAUCCACCAUGCUGUGUUCUCAUAUGACCCAGCCGCCAAGAUUCAAAGAAUUUACGGCCUCUGCGAUGACUCAUGUACUUUGCGAAAUCCUCCUGUCCACAUUUGCCAUUAAACUGCUCCCUCAGAGCACCCACACACUCUCAUUAAUGUGAUCACACCUCACCUCCAGCUCCUUCUCUUCCCCUUCUUUAGAAGAAUAGUUUGACAUUUUGGGGAAUGCAGUUUUUUUUUUUUUGCACAUAUAGAUGAGAAAGUGGAUGCCGUUGUUAUGCGUGUGCAGGGAAUGUGAAGCUACCACCAGUCAAUCAACAUCUCACUGUACUUAAGUACAAUUCUGAAAUAGUCCAAUUUCACCUCAUUUUCUGCUACUUUAUGCUUUAAUUACUUUGCAUAUAUCAUAUGCAAAUCAUAUCUACAGAUCAAUAUCAACCAAAAACACUUUAUUAAAGUGUAGAAAAGGCUGUUUAUUUGCACCCUUGACUUAGAACCAUAUGCAAAAUCGCCUAAAUCCGAAAGACAUGAAAAUGAAAAUUCAUAUAUGACUUGUGAGAUUUUUUUUUUUUGCCAUUUUAUGACACUCUAAUCUUUAUUUAAAUUAUUUUAUGUCUGCAUGUCUCCAACUUGAGAAGUUUUUCUGCCUUAUGCUCCUGUUUCUCAUCGCAAUGAGCCUUUUUUUCCUGGUUAACCCUCCUGUUGUCCUCAUUUGUGGGCACCAAAAAAUAGUUUCCUUGUCUCAAAAAAAUCCACAAAUUCAGCAAAAAAAUCCCCAAAUUUCUAAAAAUUUGCAAAACCUUCAGGAAUAAAAUUCCAAUAAUUCCUUAAAAGUUUUAUUUUAAAAAAAAUCCCCCAAAUUCUUGUAAAUCUUUUCAAAAAAAUAAGUAAACAUCUUACAAAAAAAUCUAAAAAUAUCUAAAGUAAUUACAUAUAUAGCAGUAAAACUUGUUUGCUUUGAGAACAUUCACAAAAAAAAAAAAAAAUCAACCACAAUCCAGUGAAAUUCGCUUUAUUUUGGUAGAUUUCUUUUUGGAAUGUUCUAAACACACAUUUUUAACAUUUCUUUUUUCACACCAAAAAAUGUUCAAAGAUUUCCCAAAAAUGUUAAAAAUGUGGACAUCAGAAGUUUCACUGUGAAAAUAUUUUUUUUCCCACAUUUUCAAACUAAAGUGGGUCAAUUUUGACCCGCAGGACAACACGAGGGUUAAAAAAAAAAAGAGGAAAAAUAUUUUUUAGAUAUUAGCUUAAUGAUACUAAAUAUAAUCAAGAACUGACUUCUGAUGUAAUAUCAUAGAUUAAGAUAAAACUUUGUUGAUGCUAUGAGGAAAUACAUUAAGUUUUUAAAUCGGCAUCAAUGUUAAAGCGAUGAUCCAGUAAUCUGCCACUCUGAGUAUUUUUACUUUUGGUAUGUUAUGUGUAUUUUGAGUAUUUCUACACUGUAUUAUUGGUCUUAGUCCUUAAGAUGUGAGUAUUUCUCUCACCGCUGUUUCAUCAGCACAGCAACCAAAGUGUAUAAAAGAAGAAACUGUGUAUUACAAGGGUGUCAGUGCAGAUAGGAUCCAAUAAUUUACUGCUGGUAGCUUCAUAUUUGCACAAACACGAGGCUGGUGUCAAUUUUCUUGUCUCCCUAAAAGCAACAAAGCAAAUGAACCCAUUUCCCAAAAUGCCUCUGAUCCUGCUGAGCUCACAUGUGCAUACAGUCCCUGUUCGCUUCCAUCCUUAAAACCUCUCCUGACAAAACAAAUUUCCAAAGUUCACGUUACUUUUUUUUUUUGUGAGCGAGGGCACGAAUGGUGAGAAGAACCCAAAAAAACAGCAACAAAAAAUAUCAAACCGGUUUAACUUGGCAGAGAUUGUACUUUACCAGGGUGAGCAAAAACGUGAAAGUCGACCACUGAGGAACAUUCUUGCACUGUAAAUGUUUUAUUUUCUUGGUGUUAAUGUAAGAUUUAUUUAAGGUGUACAUAUAUACAGAUACAAAUUAACCAUAUAAUCUAUAUGUGUAAAAGAAAUAUGUCUCUUUAUGUAAAAACACAAAGUAUAUAAUAAAAAUGAAUAAAGAUGCUAAUUCAAAUAUGCAA